CUCAAUAUUUUACCAUCUUCACUGCUUAAGCAUGCCUCCUCCUCCUGUUGCUGUUUACAGAUCGGAUGAUUUCUUAGCCCGUACUGCUUUUUUCCUGAGAUUUCCUGUAGCUGCUUUGACUGAAGCACUUGAAAACCGAACUCCCAGUGAACAACGAACUUUGAUUGGUGAGACGCUCUACCCUUUGGUGGAAUUACUCCAGCCAUUGUUUGCACCAAAAAUCACAGGAAUGCUUCUUGAACUACCCCGAACCCAAAUCUUUCGGUGCAUAGAAUCACCAGAAGUCCUCAAAGAGAAGGUUAAUGAGGCAAUUGAUGUUUUAGUGGACUGGUAUCCCCAACAGAUGAAGCUAAACGAGCAUGAAGCUAAGGAGUUUCGAGCAGCCAUGCUCUUAUCUAAGCUUUGA